UCCUCUUGCCGUUUCACUUCUUUAGUUGUUUUUCGUCUUCCUACUCUAACUGCGUAUCCUCGCCUUCCUCCUCUUCGAAUCUUUCCUGGGAUUGCUAGCUACAGAGAUCAGCAAAGAUGUUUGAUUGCUUGGUCGGAAGCAAGUUCUCCUUCAAAUGCAAGCACGCGGUGAAGUGUACAAGGUCGCGAAUCGAGGCGAUCUGGAAGAAGAAGCAGGCCAUGGUGAGGUUCCUCAAAAAGGACGUCGCCGACCUCAUUGCCGCCGGCCAUGAGUCCAACGCCUUCGAAAGGAUGGAUGCACUGAUUUGUGAGAUAAAUCAUGCGUCUUGCUAUGAAAUGAUUAAACAAUUCGGUGAAGUUGUCUUGAAUCAGCUCCCAAGCCUACAAAAGCUGAGGAAAUGCCCUCAAGGAGCAGUGGAAGCUGUGUCAACUCUGAUUUUUGCUGCAGCUAGAUUCUCUGAUCUACCAGAACUAUGCGAUCUUAGGCGUAUAUUUACAAAUCGAUAUGGGGGUCCUAUGGAAUCAUUCGUAAAUGCUGAGUUUGUUGAGAAAAUUCAGAAGAAAACAUUUUCCAAGGAAGACAAGUUACAAAUGAUGCAAAAUAUAGCAGAAGAGUUUUCUGUUAGAUGGGAUUCUUGGGCAUUUGAACAUAAACCAUCUAAUUCCCCUCCAAGGAAAUAUGAACAACCUAAGAAAGUUGUGCCUCUUCAUUCUGUGAAUAAUGCAACUCGGAUAAUGUCGACUGAAGGUACAAAGGUCCAAUCUUUACCUAGGAAAAAGUGUAAGCUAAAGGCUACGACCAUUGAACAGUGGCAUCGGCAAACAGAUUCGAAGGAUAAUCAUAUGAUUUCAACUGUUAGUCCUAGCAAUGCUCCGUGUGAGAAGGCAAGAAAGGCAGAAGCUAUUGAGAUUGAGAAUGUGAAGCCAUAUCUGGACGACGGGGUAAUGCCUCUGUAUGAUAAUAAAAUAAGCAAUCAGACAGAUGGAAAUAAUGAGACUAAAGGUGUUUGGUAUAAUAAGACAGCAAAAGUGCUGGAAAAGCUGGACCCAAUUGCUCCUGAGAAGGAAGGAGUUUACUUAAUGAAGCCUUUAAAUGAGAAACAAGUCAUCCCUCCAUAUGCCAAAUCGAACUGGAGUAAUAAUUACCUCCAAGUGGAGGAGAAGAUCAGAAAUGGCUCGCAGUAUGAUUCUUCUCAAAGAUACGCCGAAAUGGUGUAUCCCGGUGAAAAGAAAAGGCAACCAGCCAGUUUGGUUCCACCUUAUGUAAAACCAUUCAAUGAUGUUAAAGCCAUUCAAAAACUGGAUUCUACUUGUCCGACCAAACCUUAUGUCAUUUCUGAUGAUCGCAAGGAUGAAAUUCUUGGCAAUCCGGCAAGCACAGGUAAUUCGUUGCAGAGGAAGUUGCAGAAAUUAACAGUCAGUGAGGCUAAUGACAGUGUGCUAACUGAAAUAAUUGAUAGAGCCUUUUAUGAUGAGAAGAACAGAAGCCGGACCCCAAGAGAUCGAAGAAGAUAUACAAGAAGGCAAAGUGCCAGUAGCAUUAACGAUUACUAUGACAACGGGAAAACAAUAAAGAGAUAUCAUGGUGAACCUAUUGAAGGUGAAGUAGACACCAGAAAAGGAGAUCAAGGCAGGCACAUUGCAGGUGCCAAUGCCGAUUACUAUCAUGACAGGAAGACCAGCGGUAGACAUCCAAGAGAACCAAUUGAUGAUGAGAUGGACAACCCAAGAAGACAUGCAAGCUGGAAGAGCGGUGGUUGCAUUGAGGAGUACUAUGAUGUGGGGAACACUGUUGAUAGACAUCCAACUGUACUCAUCGACAAUGAGUUGGACACCCGAAGAAGACGACAUAGAAGUAGGCAUAGUUCUGGUAACGAUUGUGAUUACUAUGAUGACGGGAAGACCAGAAUUAGGCUUCCGAGAGAACAUAUUGUUGGCGAGAAGGACAGCAGGAGGCAUUCUAGUUGGAAGAGCGUUGGUCAUAAAGUUGAAUACUAUGAGGAGAGCCACACCAGUAAUAGGCAUGGAAAUGAACCCAUUCAUCAAGAGUUAGACAACCGAAGGCAGCACAGAGGCAAGAAGAAUGAGGAUGACAUCUGUGUUUACUAUGACAAGGGGAAGAUCACAACUAGAUACGCAAGGGAGCCUUCAGAGGGUCGGAUGGACAACCAGAGAAGACGUACAGGAUGGAGAAGUGCUGGCACAAUUAGUGAGUUUUAUGGUCAGAUGGACACUUCCGUAGACCACUGCAAACGUGCAGAGAGGACCCGAACACCAACACCAACUAAGUCUCGAAGAAACAAGGACUGGCAAGAUGCUGCAAGGUGUGAUGAGUACGACAAUGAUGAAAUGGUCAUGGAUAGGCUCUUGAUUCACUAUAGCAGAAAAGGGACUCCGAGAGGAUGCACCCACAAAACAUGGACAAACAGGAAUCCUCUGAGAGAUCAUGUUCUUGAUUCAGAUAGACCAAGAGCAUCUGCACCUCCUCUAGAUAGAACCACCUCGACGCCACCUGAACCGGUUGGGCAAUCUGAAGUAGUUUCCAAGGUCUCUGCUCGAGUCGAAUCAAUGCAGGGCAACAUGCUAAGUUCAAAUGGCAUUCGAGUGCAUCCGAGACUACCGGAAUACGAUGAGUUGGUUGCACGUUUUGCCUCAUUCUAAAAGGUAUGAACCUCAAUAGUAGUACCAUACAGUUCCUGUUUUACUCACGUUAACAAAUUUUAGCAACUUGAAACAUUUGAAAGAACUUAUAUAUGGCUAUUAUUCUAUUUGAAGUUUCAGAACUUAGAUGAUCCAUUGUACUCUUUGCUUUAAAUGAUGUCCUAUGAUCAGAAAAGCAUAUUUUCA